GGCGGCGACCGGAGCGGGCCCGGGGCUUCGUGUGGGCCGUGGCCGGAGCGGGCCCGGGGCUUCGUGCGGGCGGCGACCGGAGCGAGCCCGGGGCUUCGUGUGGGCCGCGACCGGAGCGGGCCCGGGGCUUCGUGCGGGCGGCGACCGGAGCGAGCCCGGGGUUUCGUGUGGCAGGAAGAGCCAAGCCAGUGACUUUGAGUUGUGUGAUUCCCUCUGAGGAGCAGCAGGAGCUCGUGUUGGUGCCAUGGAAGUGGAGAAGAGCAGCAGGAGGAGCUGCUUCACUCAGACCUCCUGCCUGGGUGCAGAUUUAGGGGAGGACUCCCAGCUGGAGUAUCUCAGUGCUCACGAGGAGUACGAGGAGGAGAAGAGCAACUGGAGUGAGUUUUCUGAGCAGGAGGAGGUUGCAGAGGUGAAGGCCGUGCCACCCCAAAUCACAGCAGGGGAAGAAGAUUCUGGAAAGAGCCUCAGACCCAGCCAGAGCGUAGCAGUGGAGCCAGACAGAGAGGAGGCCCAGCCCUGCAAACACGGAGAGCCCUCCUACUUCAGCAGCUGUGAAAAACCAGCUCAUGGCACCAGCAGCACUGCAGGGGAUGCUGAAACCCAGCUCCCAGCCCCUGAAAUCCUCCCUGGCAAGAACCCUGUGGAAGCUGCAGAUAAAUCCUCUGCUGGGAGGCCAGAGCGUGGUGAAUCCCUGAGGAGUGUCCCCAGUGUGGCUGUGGCUGCUGCCUCUGAUCCCAGAGCUGCAUUCCCAGCCAGCAGAGGCAGCAGUGCCCAGGUGUGUCUGUGCUCCAGGGCAGUGAGCACAGAGGUGACCGUGGUGAGCAGAGCUCGUGUGGGGUGGCAGGGUCAGACCUCUGUGGAUGCUGCUUCCAACACGGAAUGCUCCACAGGAGCUCUCAGCUCACACCUGCAGGAGGAAUUCAAAGAUCAUCUUGGUUGGAAGACAGGCACCAACAGGUCAGCACAUCCCAACAAGCAAACUGGGAAGAAUUGUGGAUCGAGCUGCUGUCAGAACAUCCUGCAGAGAGCGAUUGAAGCAGAGCUGCAGCUCCUGGCCAUCCAUUACGAGAUGUGCUACCAGCACUGCUUGAAGGUUUAUGAGCUGGCUUUGGAGGAAAACACCUGUCUUGGGAGCUGUGAGAAGAAGGCUGAGUUAUAUUCAUCUCUGCUGCUGGCUUUGGAUGAACUGGACAAUAAUUACAGCACCAUGAGAAAGGAAAUAAACAUGGGCACGCCUUUAAAUGAACUUCCACCACUGUCAGUUGAGCUGAAGUUUCCCCCCCUCUCUUCCUUCUACAUUGCCUCCAAGUUUUUCAGAAAGAUUCUUUACUCUGAGCAGGUACAUGACAGAACACGUUCAGCGACCCCAUCCAGUGACUCUCUUGAUCUUUCAGGUGAAGGGAAAGCUGACUUUGAAGAACCAAAACAGCAAGAAAAGGGGAUUUCUGUCAAUAUGGACAACUCACAGACUGAUGGUGAUCAGCCAGGUGACUCUGCUUCCCCUGAGAGGUGGGAAGAACUGAUUAAAGAUCAGGCUCUGGAACGUGGCUGUGUAAAAAAUGAGGAAGGAAGUGAGUAUUGGUUUGAUGCUAAGGAAGACUUGUCAGCGGCAGAUAUUUCAGUAAUGUGCAAAGAAAUGAAAAAGCAACAAGGAAAGCAAGACUCGAUUGACUCAAGAGAAGUGAAGAUAGUCGUGAGUGGGAAGGAACAUUCCUCUGUUCCUGUCGGUGACCCAAAGCCCUCAGUGCCUGAGGAUCCUGGGGAAAAUUCCCUGCAGAAAACAUCCACUUGUUCAUCUGUGAAGUCAUCUUGUAUCUUUGUUUCUCCUUAUGCACUGAACUUGAGCAGCUUUACCAAGUUAGUAAGGAGACUUCAAGAAAAGCAUCCCGAGUUCAGCAGAGCUGAAAUUGUGGGGGCUGUGCAGGAGGUGAGGAGAAUGAACAAAGGAGUGCUGAGUGGCCUGGCCAUCAGUGCUAUUGAGGAGAAGGCCUCUGCCAUUCUGAGGAGUUCCACACCCUACUCUCAGUUGGAGGAGCCCUGAGAAAGGCCCAAAGUUCUGAGUGCUCCCUGCAUUUUGGAUUCCAACAUCUGGAGUGCUUCGCUGCUGAACUGUGUGGAGAGCACAGUCACACACCUUCGGUGCACAGCUGACACCUACCGGCCAGGCCUUGUGUAGCCUCUGAUCCAUCCAGAAAUCCCAGCCCUGGCUCCCUUCUGCAUCCCAGCACUGAUGGUUCCUGUCUGGGGGCUCCUUUCUGCAUCCCAGCACUGAUGGUUCCUGUCUGGGGGCUCCUUUCUGCAUCCCAGCACUGAUGGUUCCUGUCUGGGGGCUCCUUUCUGCAUCCCAGCACUGAUGGUUUCUGGGCUGGAAACCUGACACAACCAGACUGUGCCUUGUCUUUUUCUCACACCAAUCCCUUUUGCACAAUCUCGUGGCACUGCAGGAAGCUGCAGCGAGCUGAAGGUGUGAAAUCACAGCCCAGAAUCCCAAAAAUUGUGCCUGUCCAUCCUUGCUUUGGGUACCUCCUAGCAGUGCCACUGCCAGGUUUCCUGCAGAAAGGAAAAAGUCUAUGUGUUAAUCUCCUGUCUGACUUUCACAGGGCUGCAGAUAGGGACAGGAACUCACCCCCAAAAUGUUAAAAUCUUAUGUUUGAAAGCGUUUUCAGUCAGUAAGGUUUUAACAGCCUUGAAAUGUGUUGUGCUUUCCUUGUGGAGUGAUUGUUUGGUUUUCCAGUGGUGCGUGGGCUCCGUAGUCCUAAUUGUUCCUAUUACAGUAUGUUUUUCCUGCUGUUUUGUGUGGGAGAUGAUGACUUAUAAUAAUUUUAUUUUCCUCAUGAGGGAGGUGUGAAAUGGCCAAGUCAUUACUAAAUAAUGGGGAGAAAAAGAAUCCCCAUUUUCUAUAUUAAGGAACAAGUACACAAUACAUGUAAGAGAAGGUGAUUCUGCUCAGAGCUCACCUACAGUUACUCAGUCUCUCUGUUGUACUUUGUUCUAGACCCUGCUGCAAUUGUUGCUGGAAAGAACAGCCUUGUUUACUGUCAAUAAAGGUUAACAUUUGUU